AUUGCUCGGCGCAGGCAAGACAAUGCCACAUGUCGGUGGCCAACAACAUGUUUGUUGGUAUUUUUUUUCUUCAUGUUUCACAUAUCUGUUUCUUCACACAUUUUCACUGUCAUAAGAAUUAUCCUUAAGCCAACUGGCAGCUUUGUCUCAUAAUUUUGUCUUUGUGAAACUUUACCUUUAUUGAUAUCCCAGCCUCUCCUUUCACUCUGUGAUCAGAAUGACGGAGCCUGAGAAAAAGCCUCCAGAGAAGAAGCCUCAAGAGGCUCCCUCUGACCACUCCCCCAAUACCAUUCCCCAGACUACCGACUUCCGCGGUCACAUCUUCGUCGGACAGCAAUACUUCAACGUCUCACGACCCUUGGUGCGCGCGUCGUCCAACCUCCUCCAAUCCAAGACAACCGAAUGCCUAGACGACGAAGAAGACCCCAGCCAUCUUGUCACCUACCUAAGCUGGACCGCAGGCAACGGCAUUCCGGUCGACCAGCAGACGAAAUGGAGCGAACUCGGCGACCUGUGGUUCUUCGGUGAUCGGAUCGAGGCACGCCAAUUCCAAGACGCCUUGAUACUGCAAUGCAUCGAGAAACGCCGCCAAGAGCCGUAUCCACUGAGCGAGUUCACCAUCAACUACUUCUUCAGCGAAGCCUUUCCUCCGAAUACCAAGUUCCAUACCUUCCUCAUCGAUACCUAUUUCCUGACUACGCCGUUCGACGUGCCGGAUUAUGAUAACGUGGUGUUUCGGCUCGCGCGCGAUGCCAGGUGGGUUUCGUUGAGUGAGUUGGUGCUGCAGAGUGAGCGGGAUGCAGAUCUGCCGAAUUUCAUCUUUGAUUAUUUGGUCGUCAAACCCUCGCCAAAUGACAAGAAGGGGGAUGAGCUGGAGGAUAAUGAUCUGAUGGGCCGCACGCAUGGACAGGUUGAUUUGAAGGUUCUGAAAAGGAUUCUUCGCCGGAAUUAGAUUUUCGUCAUGACUAUGAGGGUGUUUGUACAAUAGCGCAUUUGAAGUGGUUGCUCACUCAAAGAACUAAUUUACCAAAACUAAUUAAUCAGCGUUGCCCUAAUCACUACAGAGGGAUCAGUAUAAUUUCAGUUCUAUCUCAGCAUGUCUGUUUGUCGUAGAUAAACCAGACAGUCACAGUACUAGCCCCG